GUUUUCAGUCAGCUCGCUUGUUUUUUGGCCUAGGUGGUACUACGAGUGUGCCGCUGCCAGAGAGAUCGCAGGGAAAGCAGUAUACUACGAUGAGUCAUCAUAGGGAAAAUACAUACGUGGGGGCGAUAUGGGAAGAGCCUAAAAAGGAUAGAAAAGUUGGAGAGCAAACCAAGUGGAUAGGUAGUAAUAAGUAGUGCAGAUGGAGUCCUUCUUACCUUCCGGAAUCCGAUCACGUCCUUUGAUAAUGGCUGGCUCCCAUAGCUCGCACGUUUGCAAAUCCAAGUUUACAUCCGUAUGUGCGUAAAGAAGCAAACGGGGGGGAACAAGAGAGAUACACGGCGCAAAAUACGGGACUUGCAGUCGAUGUAGAUCUUUACAAUACUGUACACAGAUACUUGUGGUCUUUCUUUCCGCAUUCGUGUCUGCUUUCGUCCGUCGAUUGUGAUUUUUAUUUACCGAUUCCAGGCCCCACAGGUCCCUUAAACAUCCGGACCCCACUGAUAGAUCUCUUUUGAUUUUUACCACUGUACACGCAGUCAAUUCCUCUCAGUUAUAGCCCCCUCGUACAGCAGCGGCUCAGAUUUCCUCUGUUCUUACGAAUCGUUUGUCUGAGUGUCUCGUCUUCAAGCGGUACAAGGCCAGUUUCAAGAAGGCCUCAUUGUUUGCUUCCUUGGCUCCUCUCAGUACAGCUACUUCGUCCUGUCGCUCAUCCAGGCCCGUGCAGUGUGCACCGUCACUCAAAGGUUCAGAACAACAACAACUACGCUAGGAUCGCCGGUGCUCUUCUUCUGCGAGUUUGUGUCGUCGAGUCGUUCGGAGCAGUGUCGAGCAGAGCAGGGCAGUGAUUUGACACAUCUGUUGAUGGUGUAGAGGAAUUUCUCUGGAAUGUGCCGGGAGUAGCUAUGGCAGGGUGCGGGAACAUCAGUUUGCGGUGCCAUGCUUCCAAGAAGUCCUCUGUGAGGUACGACCAUUACUGGAGGUCCUGUCCUCGAGACGAGACGCCGAAAGCUACUGGAUCUUCUGGUGUACUUGAAUUUUAAACGAGGCAUGAGGAGGUGAGAUCUGCAGACAGGGCGCAAUGGCAAUGGUGCUGCAGCAGGCGUUGAGGGGACUGUGUUACAAAUCAGGAUGGUCUUACGCUGUCUUUUGGAAGCUCAAGCGCCGCAGUCGAAUGGUUCUUACAUGGGAAGAUGGGUUCUACGAAUUCUCCAAGCCCUCUGCAGUAUCCAGUUUCGACUCUAUGCAGACGACCGGUGGCUUUAACAUGAUGAACAGCGGCAGACCCGGAACAGAUCCCUUAGCGCCAGAUGUUCCAGGUGCUGAGGAUGAAAUCGGUCUGGCUGUGGCCAGGAUGUCGUACCAUGUCUACUCUCUCGGAGAAGGAAUCAUUGGGCGUGUCGCAUUUACUGGGAAGCACCAGUGGGUAUUUGGAGAACGUGGCUCUACUGGCGAGGGGACUGGAACUGGCAGAUCAACCGGCAGAGCCAUCAACGAGAAAUAUCCUGCCGGAUGGCAACAACAGUUUACUGCUGGCAUUAAGACUAUUGCUGUGGUGGCUGUUCCUCAAGGAGUUGUGCAACUGGGAUCUACACAAAUUGUAAUGGAAGACUUAACUCUGGUGAGCCAUGUCAGAGGCCUGUUUGGGACACUCCAGAGUGUCCCUGGAGCGUUUCUAUCAGAUUACGUUCCAGACUCUCAAGGCGGAAGAGUUCAUGUUCCUUGUUCAGUGGUGAUGCCUUUACCAAUGUUGAUUCCCAUGGGAGCAACCAACGAAACUACUAGAAGCGCUAACGUCACUCACCUGCACCCUGGUCAAUUAAGCAUGAAUAACGUUCCUCAGAUACCAACAACUGCUGUGGUCAGUGGCUCAUAUGACUUGAUGAACUUAUGCAAAGCAUCUGUGCCAGCUAGAGCUCAUCUCAGUAAUCCAUUUCGAACCUCCUCCGUCAAUCCUCUCUCUUUGCAGACAUCUAGGAUCAUGCCGAGCCCACACGUGAACAAGGACUCAACAUCGAGCAAUAAUUCAUUGUUGUCCACCGUCUCCAUGGCUGUUGGUAACAGGAAGGGUCUUUCAAACAUUCCGUUUACAAGUGUCCAUUGUGCACCUUCCACCGAAAGUGCCUCUGUAGCAUCCCUUGGGUCGGGUAACUGGAACUCCCCACCUGCAAUGCCAUCCGUGGCACAAAGUAAGACUGGAGGCUUGUUUGAUCGCAGAUUGCACGCCGAUCACAGACUGCGACACCAGCUGCAGACCAGUUUGCCUGUUUGCGGAGUGAAAUCUUACCAAGAUACAGUGCUGACAACAACCAAAGGACCUUCACAGCAGACUUCUAUCUGUGUGACGAGCUCUCCAAUUACCACAGGUGGUGGCGUAGAUUGUAAACCCACUCGGACCUUCGGACAAGAGGCAUUUAGAGCCAUGGAGUCCUGCAACACUGAGUCCACUUUGAAGACGGCUGGUUUUACAGGCGGUGCGUUGGAUACAAAAGGCCUACGAGAACAAAGUCAAUUGUACAAUAGAAACCAUGGUGAAUUGCUGCAGGGUCAAUCCCGUAGGUCCAGUCCGAAUGUGGAAAUGUCUAAUUUGGAGAUGCCUUCCAAAGCAUGUUUGACGGCGCCAACUGAAGGACUUUUAUCACAUGCUGGGAAAUGGGCACAUACAGUUACUACUGGCCCUCACUCUGAGGUAACUAAAGUUUCUGUAAAUAAUGUCAGUCAAUCCGAUGACAAGCGGAACACAAACACUUAUUCUCAGGUAAGGGAAGACGAAAAAGUAUGCAAGCAGGUAUAUGUGCAGUCCCCUCCGAAAUUUGCAGAUGUAGCAGGCUUUUCGAACCAGUCUGUACCGAUAUCGAAGGGUAGUGGAAGCAGUUUGCAGGGCAUACAAGUAUGCACUGAGGGUGGUAGGAAUGUGCAGGUUCGGUCCCAAAUCUCUGAUAGGGCAUGGAAUGAAAGUCCUAAAGCGGAAUGGGAUUGUUUCUCCGGCUUGCUCAACCCUUUCCCCAUUGGAGAUGAGUUGUCUCAGGCGCUGAGGCCUGCAUCUUUAAGGGAAUGUGACAGGGAUCUUUUUAGCAAUUUGCACCCAGUUCAUGUUCCCGAUGACGUCAGAGAGAACUCAAGUGUUAAGACGGUUGGGGAAACGAAGUUGCUGACCGAUAGUGGUGAAGGGAAGUGUGCCCGAAACACAGUUAUGGAUUACGAUAUUUUCCAGGCCAUUUCAGAUGCUGUUCUGAUGGACUCACGAUCUGAGCCCCUACUUGAAGCUAUGGUUGCUGGUGUCUCAAAUGCUCCUUCAGCCCCUUCGCCAUCAAAAGUUGGCAGUUGUUCGCAUGAGCCUAACUUGUCUGGAGGUAAUAGUACUCUUUCUGGAGAACCAGAAUCUAUGCGUCAAAGAAACGACACGUAUCGCUCAGGAUCUUCAGGGGAUACCUUGGAGUAUGACACAGCAGGUGGGAUCUCUCCGUGCAAGACUGAAAUGGAGUACGAAAAGUUUGCAAGUUGUGGGAUCGAUUUUCAGAGGGAAAGUAUGCUGAAGGCAUCCCAGAACUCUAUGAGAAUGAGUGGGGAUGAAGGGCAAAAGAGAAGCGACGAUGAACUUGCUCCAUAUGAUAAUGUCUUGCCUGCUAAAAGGCAGGAGGAAUUUGGCAAAGUCGCAAAUAGCAGGAAGAGGCCUAAACUUGGAGAUACCUUGAGACCACGGCCGAAAGACAGGCAGCAGAUCCAAGAUCGAGUUAGGGAGCUGCGAGAAAUUGUUCCGAAUGCAUGCAAGUGCAGCAUAGACUCCCUACUGGAGAGAACGAUCAGGCACAUGCAUUUUCUGCAGAGUGUCACUCAACAUGGUGGAAAUUGGAAAAAUUUUGGAGGUUUAAAGGAAGAGGAGGACGCCGAGUGUUUAUCUGUUGAUUGCAAAGCUUACCCAGACAUGCAAGGUGGAGAAAAGGAGAAGUCGGAGGUUGGACCUAUUUGUGACUUGAAGUUUGACAAACCAAAUAAUGGUUGUCCUAUUGUUGUUGAGAAUACCAAUCAACCCCGACAAAUGCUCGUGGAGAUGUUGUGUGAAGAGAGAGGCCUUUUCUUGGAAAUUGCUGAGACAGUAAGAGGGCUUGGCCUUACAAUCUUGAAGGGUGCAAUGGAGAGUCGCAGCGGGAAGACCUGGGCUCGUUUCGUCGUUGAGGCCACCUCACGUGACAUCCACCGGGUAGAGGUACUAUGGUAUCUCAUGCAGCUAAUACAGCCAACAAGUGCGCUACUGCCAAGUUACGGUAGACCGUCGAACUUUGCAGAUCCGGGUUGCUUAUAUGGUGCGGCUCAUGACAGCACAUCAGGCAGUAUGACGUCGUCGUUCCCUCACAUGCUCCGGCCUUCUGUACCUCUCCAGAUGACAGCCCGAUGACAGUCAGUAACAUCUGUUCUUCACCCCCGAAGACUUUCCUUGUUCACCGAAAGGGGUGCAGCGAGUGGGCCAAAGGUCUGCCAUGAUUGGCAUCCAUCAAGUGAUUGCUCUUGAAUUCUUUUCUCACCUUUUUCUCCUCACGGAUCAUAGGAUAAUUUUGUGUUGAGAUUCUGGUUUAAGGCGAAUGUGCAGACAGAAGCUAGACAGCUUUAUGUUGGGGAAUUUUCAGUCAGCCCAAGGCUGGUACAUAUUGGCUUGUUAGCUUACUCACGUCUACAAGAAUUUCCGUAAUGCAGAUGAAGCCGCUAGGGCUUCAUGAGCAGGUUUUGAUUUAAAACUCUCCAAGGAGGGAUGGCGGGAUGCUGCCAUUGCCAUAUUUUUUAGUGUUAUUUACAUGAAGAAGUGGUGAGAAGGGAAUAUUAAGUGGCAGUCACAACUGGUUACUUGCGGAAGUUGUAAGAGAUGUUACGGUGAAGAAGUAAACUCGAAGCUGUGUGAAACUCUCAGCGAGGAGCGUAUCCCG